AUGGUGUCGAAUAUGUCCUGGGUGCUGGUUAAUUCUGAACCCCUAAUGGAGUUCGAGAAACCCACGCUUAACAAAGUUGUCGACAUUGGAGGGCUUGGAGUGCACAAGCACGAAAACCAGACUAUGUAUGGAAUGGGAUCGUAUUCUGAACCUAAGAGAGCACACUGUUCUCAUCUCGUUCGGCAGCGUGCGAAAAGCAAGUUUAUGCCUGAAUCAAUGAAGAGGGCCAUCAUGCACGUCAUUAAUUCCUUCCCAAAUGUGACUUUCAUCUGGAAAUACGAGGAACCAGACGACGCCAUCUUGAGAGGAGUAGACAAUCUUAUCCCUUCGAAAUGGACGCCACAGAGCUGUUUAUUAGCCGACAAACGUCUAAAACUUUUUAUCACACACGGCGGAGCUGGUAGUAUGAUGGAGAGUGCUCAGCAAGCAAAACCGCUUAUUGUCGUUCCUUUGUUCGGCGAUCAAACAAGAAAUGCGAAGCUCAUUGAGAAAUUUGGCUUUGGUAUCCUUUUGGAAAAAGGCCGCCUUACUGACAGCAACGUGUUACGCGAGGCAAUCGAACAAAUUCUCACCGAUUCUAAAUACCAAACAGCAGCCAAUCGAAUUAGCCGGCUGCUGUCACGACGUCCAUUUAGUCCUGAAGAGAAACUGGUGAAAACCGUGGAGCUCGCCGCCGAAUUCGGAGAUUUACCGGAGCUGAAAGUAGCCGGAAGAGAUCUUGGAUAUGUUGCUUAUUAUAAUCUUGAUCUACUAUUUAUUUUAGCAGCGAUUUUCGCCGCAAUUAUAAGUCUAAUGAUAUAUGUUUUAUUGAGGAUAUCUAUGCGCUAUUUCGUGACAGUAAAAGUGAAGGUUCAUUGA